AUGGUGCAUGAAGUGAUCCUAACUGGUUCUAGGGAUGGCCCCAUGGUAGCAUUUGAGGCUUCCACAGGCACCAUUCUCGCUCAGUUCACGGGAAGCCGAUCACCUUGUCACGGCCUCGCGGGGAUAAGAAACAAACUCAUUGCAACUUCCCAUGUGUCUUCAGACAAAGGUCCAGGCUCAAUCCACAUCUACAAUUGGGACACUCCAACAGUCUUCCAAAACAUCCCUCUCCCGGAACCCAUCAUUCCACUUACAACCAGUUCGAAUGGUGAUUUUCUUUUUGCAGGUGGCGUGUCGGGGAGUAUCCAUUCCAUGCCACUUCAGUCUAGAGAUAUCAUCACCUCAUUUACUCCUUACUCGAAACCUGUUUCCAGUCUACACCUCAGUAAUGAUGGGUCGCUACUGAUUUCAGGUUAUAAUGAUGGCACGAUUGUUGUGAUCCCAUCUUUUAUGCUUCUGGAUGGUUCAUCUUCAUGUAGUGACCCAAUCUUACACAAAUGGAAGGCACAUUCUGAUUCAGUGACAAGUUUCAACACUGGAAUUGGGAUUCAUACUUGUACAUUUGUUUCAUGUUCGAUGGACUGCACAUGUAAGUUUUGGAGUUUAUCAAACGAGAUAACUCUAAUUCGAACUCUGACAUUCCCAUGUUCCAUUUCUGGGUUUGUUAUGGAUUCAACAGAGUCGGGUUUCUAUGCUGCUGGUUUAGAUGGGUUUAUUUAUAAAGGGUUGAUGAAGGUUGGGAGCAUAAAAAUGUUGGAAAAAGGAAAAGGUUAUGAAUUGGUUAAUUGGGGUAGUAAAACAAAAAACCAUGAUGGAUCAAUUGUGUCUUUGGUUUUGGUGAAUAAAGGGAGAAAUUUGGUGUCUGCUUCAAAAAAUGGAAGUGUUUGGAUGUGGGAUGUUGAGGAAGGUGAAGUCAUUAUGAUUUUGGGGAAUGCUCAAAUAUUAGGAAGCAUUAGUGAUAUGAUAGUGGUCAAAAGGACUAAUACUAUAGAGAAAAAUGAGGGCGGUGAAGGUGUUAAUAAUGGCUUAAUUAGUUCUUCUAGGUUAUGUGAUGAAGAGAUGAUUAGAACUUGGAUUAAAAUUAAAGAGCUUGAAAAUGUGAUGGAUAUGGCCGUUCAUGACCAAGGAAGAGCCAUUGAUAUGCUUGAAUCUACAAUUUCAUCUUAUGAGAGGCUAUUAAAGCUUAUUCUUAGGGAAGUUACCAAAGCCAUUGAAGAGGCAGAUCAUGAAGAUGAAGGCAAUGAUAAUAAAAGGGAAAAGGAUUAG